GCACGGCGGGAACAGUGGGGUGUGCGCUGGCCUCGCUCGGUCCCGCACACCGGCGCGCGGGCAGAUAAACAGACAACAGACAGACAGAGCGAGCGCCGCAGGAUGCCCGCAGCACCCGCGGCCAGGGGCUGAAGCCGGCAAGGGACGAGAGGUCGCGAGGAGAGGGGGAAGGAGAAGGAAAAGGAGAAGGAAAAGGAAGGCAGGAGCGGCGCGCCUGGAGGGUCUCACGCCCGCUCCGGGGAUGGCGCCGGUGAGCGAGCAGCUGGAGCCGCAGGGCGCGGGGGCAGACCCCGCCGCCGCCUCGACCCCCCUGCCCGGCCCGCCGGCGGGUGAGGAGCCGCGGCGGGAGAACGGCGGCGAGUGGUGCCCCGGGAGCGGCGAGAGCGGGGCCCAGCCCCGGGCGGCCCUGGCGGAGGAGGCCCCCGGCAGCCCGGGCUGCCCCGGGAGCGCUGCGGCGCCGGAGCCCCCCGAGGGCGGCUGGGGCUGGGUGGUGAUGCUGGCCGCCAUGUGGUGCAACGGCGCCGUCUUCGGCAUUCAGAACUCGUGCGGGGUCCUCUUCGUCUCCAUGCUCCGGCUCUUCGGCAGCAGUGACGACAAGCAGCUGGUCUUCAAAACAGCAUGGGUGAGCUCUCUUUCCAUGGGAAUGGUCUUCUUCUGCUCCCCAAUAGUCAGCAUAUUCACAGACCUGUUUGGCUGUCGAAAAGUAGCUGUUAUUGGAGCUGCAGUAGGGCUUGUUGGACUCCUUUCAAGUUCUUUUGUAAGCACCAUUGAACCUCUGUAUUUCACCUAUGGGAUCGUGUUUGCCUGUGGCUGCUCCUUUGCCUACCAGCCCUCCCUGGUCAUCCUCGGGCAUUACUUCAAGAAGCGCCUGGGACUCGUGAAUGGCAUUGUCACCGCAGGCAGCAGCCUUUUCACAGUGUCACUGCCCUUCCUCCUCAGGGUCCUCAUCGAUUCUGUCGACCUGUUCAACACCUUGAGGGUCCUCUGCAUCCUUAUGUUUGUUCUCUUCCUUGCUGGAUUUACGUACAGACCUCUUGUUCCCAACACCAAAGACAAGGAGGGAGGAAAGAAGGGAAAAUUCAAAUUACCUCCUGCAAAAAAGAUUUGCAAUUUCUCAGUUUUCAAAGUUCUCAGUUACCGAAUCUGGGCUUUAGGGAUUCCAGCUGCACUUUUUGGAUACUUUGUGCCUUAUGUUCACUUGAUGAAUCAUGUAAAAGAGAGAUUUGGUGACAGUGUGCCAGAAGAAGUGCUUCUGCUGUGUCUGGGCAUUACUUCAGGAGUUGGCAGAUUGAUCUUUGGCAGAGUGGCAGAUUAUAUUCCUGGUGCAAAAAAAAUCUAUCUACAGGUGGCUUCAUUCUUUUUUAUUGGGCUGAUGUCUAUGAUGAUUCCACUGUGCAAUGUCUUUGGAGCUCUCGUUGCUGUCUGUCUCUUCAUGGGCCUGUUUGAUGGGUGCUUCAUUUGCAUUAUGGCUCCUAUUGCCUUUGAGCUGGUUGGGGCUGAGGAUGUCUCCCAGGCCAUUGGAUUCCUGCUUGGACUCAUGUCAGUGCCUAUGACAGUUGGUCCACCCAUUGCAGGUUUGCUGCGGGACAAGCUUGGCACCUACGAUGUGGCAUUUUACCUGGCUGGAGUCCCUCCCCUCAUUGGAGGAGCAAUUCUGUGCUUCAUCCCCUGGGUCCACGAGCGGCAGAAGUUGAAAGAGAGAGCAAAACCUGUUGAUAGAGAAACUACUGAGAAAAUGCUGGAAAAUGAAAGCACUUUGGUGUCAGACACAACAGAAAAGCCAGCCAAAGAACUGGAUUCUGGCUUUUGAUGCUUUUUUCUUUUCCCUAUACCAUCCUGACCUCCUCGUACAGAAACCAGAUUUCUACUUGUUGGCUGAAGAUACUGAAGUCUUGAACUAUUGCUCAAAUUUCAGAACUGCUACAAGAAUCUUUUAUACCAGUGAACUUUUUUGACAAGUCUUUGAAUUUGAUUUCAAGCCACAUUUUCAAGGUAUUUGAAGUUUUGUAGCUUUAGUGUGUAUAUGCGUAGUGAUUCUGUGUGUGAAGAGAAUAUUUUUCUAAUCCAUCAGAACUGAUUUCUGAAAAUGUGAAAGCUUUUUUGCCUUCACUGACCCAGGAUUCUUCAAUGAUGUCUAUGAUCCAUCCUCUGCAGGCACACCCCUGGGUGUUUAUACUGGAUAAUGUAGUAGCUCUUAUGACUGAUCUGUUUUAUUGAAGUUUAUCAUGCUGUUUACAGUCUUCUCUAAUUCUCUAUCAUGAACACAAAUAUGCAUCUUUUUGCUGAAAUGAUUGUUUCAUUAGAAAGCUAAAUUAUUAUACAACUGUUGAAACACUCACUUGUGUUUGCAUUCACCUUUCACAGUAGCCCAAAGAACAUUAAGGAUGCCAUUUUUGAUGGGCUCAGGUUUUGAAUACGUUCAAACCAAGCUCCAAGUGCAAACACAUUCAGAAGUUAAGCUGCUGAAUAAUAGAUUUUUUAUUGUUAUUAUUAUUAUUAUUAUUAUUAUUAUUAUUUGGUGAAGGCAAUACCCCUAAGAUGUAUGUUUAUAAAUCUUUUUUCAGCCAAACCUCAGAGUAGUGGAUAGUUUUGAAACUAUACUGACUAAUUUUUUGGAGCAGUAUUGUGAAUUAGACUAAAUUUCAAAUUAUUCUGUUGUACUUCUUACGAUUUUUUUUUUGUUCAUAAAACCAAGACAGCUUUAAAUGAUACAUUCUAAGUGCAAUACCAAGUUGUUUUUAAUGUGGAAAUAUACAUGAACUAUUAAAACAACAUUCAGCAAUUCAAGAUUUUUGCACUAAGUGAACAUGCAGGUUUAUUACAGGUCUUUAUAGCUGUGCUCAACUGCCUGUAGAUUAUAUGGCUCCGUUUUUUUUUCAAAUAUAAAGAAAUGUCUUUUCAUGUCCUAUUUCUUGCUUGACACCCUAAACAAAUGGCCCCAUUGCUUAUGUAUUCUUAGGUAUUAUGCACUGUUUAUCAAGCAAGUAACCUCUUUUUCUGAAAAAUGUUUAAAAGCAUAAUACUUUGAGAUGCAAACACUGCUUUUCAGUUUUAUCAUAAAACACUUCUAAGCACGCUGCUUAUCUAUGUAUAUGGUUCAGCAAUCACUGGAAUACUUAAUGUUUUUUUAUUUCAGGUCCAUUUAAUACCAAUAAUGUUUGUUGCCUCAUUUAAAACUGUCAUAGCAAAGAGUAAACUAAAUGUGAUCUGGGCAAAAUGCAUAUUCAAGUGCUUUGUUUAAUUAGUAACUGUUCUUUACAUAAACCAUGGAGGCAUACUGUUUGGUGGUUUUUUUUUUAUGAUAGCCUUUAGUAUCUUUUUUAUUUUCAUUCUUCUUUUUCCAGUGUUGUAGUAAAUUGCUCAGAAAACCCAUAUAAAACAGCAAUACUAUUGCAUUUAAUGUUUACAUCUAGCAAGUGACAGAAGUUCUUUAAAUAUAAUCAUGCUAAGCAUUCUAAUUAUUGUAGACCAAAGCUCAGGCAUUUUUUAUAUUGCAGAAUUUCAAUCCCUACUUUGCAUGAGUGAGGUCUAAAAUAAUUGAACAUUAAAAUG